GUCCAGUUAUCUGUUGACUACCAAAUAUGGAUUCCCAAGGAUCUCCACAUGAAACUGUCCUCAUUACAGGAGGAGGUGGCUAUUUUGGUUUCCGCCUAGGCUGUGCUCUGAACCAAAAGGGAGUCCAUGUGAUUCUGUUUGACAUCCGCAGGCCUGCUCAGAACAUUCCAGAAGGAAUCAAGUUUAUAUGUGGAGACAUCCGCCACCUCUCUGAUGUAGAGAAGGUCUUCCAGGAUGUGGACAUCACUUGUGUGUUCCAUAUUGCCUCUUAUGGUAUGUCAGGGCGGGAGCAACUGGAGCAAAACCUGAUCGAAGAAGUCAACAUCGGGGGCACAGACAACGUCCUUCAGGCUUGCCAGAGAAGAGGGGUGCCUAGGUUAGUUUACACCAGUACUUUCAAUGUCAUCUUUGGAGGUCAAGUUAUCAGAAAUGGAGAUGAAUCUCUGCCUUACCUACCUCUUCACCUCCAUCCUGAUCACUACUCUCGGACCAAAUCUAUUGCAGAGAAGAAGGUGCUGGAGGCGAAUGGCACAUCCCUGGAAAGAGGUGAUGGUGUCUUAAGAACCUGCGCUCUGAGACCGGCUGGCAUCUAUGGGCCUGGAGAACAAAGACACCUUCCCAGGAUAGUGAGCUACAUUGAGAAGGGUCUGUUCAAGUUUGUCUAUGGGGAUCCCAGGAGCCUGGUUGAGUUUGUCCAUGUGGAUAACUUGGUGCAGGCUCAUAUUCUGGCCUCAGAGGCCCUGAAAGCUGAUAAGGGCCAUAUUGCCUCUGGGCAACCCUACUUCAUCUCCGAUGGCAGACCAGUGAACAACUUUGAAUUCUUCCGACCUUUGGUUGAGGGCCUGGGCUACACAUUCCCAUCCACCCGCCUGCCGUUGACCCUCGUCUACUGCUUUGCUUUCUUGACAGAGAUGGCCCACUUCAUUCUGGGCCGCCUCUACAAUUUCCAGCCCUUCCUCACCCGCACUGAAGUUUACAAAACUGGUGUCACACAUUAUUUUAGCUUAGAGAAAGCCAAGAAAGAGCUAGGUUAUAAGGCUCAGCCAUUUGACCUCCAAGAAGUAGUAGAGUGGUUUAAAACCCACGGUCAUGGCAGAGGUUCUGGAAGUCGUGACUCAGAGUGUCUUGUUUGGGAUGGGCUAUUGGUCUUCCUCGUGGCUUUAGCAGUUCUCAUCUGGCUGCCUCCUUCUGUGAUGCUGUUACUAUGAAGGAGUGGCUAGAAAUAAAGAGCUGAUCACCAUUGUUGAUGUGUUUUACAAGAAACACGAGUUUUUAAAUACAUACAGUAUUAUCUGGUACCAAACUUUGGCUCUUCAAAUUGCUACUUAAGAAUAAGUUCUUGGAUGAAAUCUUUAUUUCUUACCUCCUUGUGUUAAUUUUGAUGGGGAAAAAAAAUAAAUACAAGUUUGGAA